AUGUUUUCCGCCUCAAAGAAACCCUUCUCCGCGAUCUCGGUCCACGUAGAACAAUUGACCUCCGAAACCUACGACGAAGACGAUCUUUCUGGUGUUCCCGAUCUUCUCGAGGUCGUCAAGUUACAAGCGACCGGCUCACAGGAGGUGGCUCGUGCACUGAGGAAAAAGCUGAAGUAUGGUAACGUGCAUCGUCAACUUAGGGCACUUACAAUACUUGAUGGGCUCCUACAAAAUGGUGGAACUAGGCUCCAGCGUGGCCUUCUGUCCGAUGGACCCCUCCUAGAGCGACUCCGAAUCGCUGCUGCGGACCCUACAUCAGAUCCCGAUGUCCGAGCCAAAUGCAAAGUCCUUUUUGGUCAAUGGGUAUCAAGUUCAGAACACAACCCGGGCCUCGAAGGUGCCAAGUCUCUUUAUAACCAGUUACCGAAAACCCACAAGCCCGUCCAGCAAAGGCGGGAACAAAGCAGAGUACUCCGGGAGACGGAAGAAGACGUACAGCGGGAACAAGAAAGAGAGAUGGCAAGACACAGAUCGGAUAGUUUACAAAGAGCUGGGGAGCCUUCCAGCCCUACAGUGCUAAGGAAACAGAGCUCGCCCAUAACUCUUGGCCAAUCCUCGUCCUUCGCGCCCAAAAAGGUGAAGAAGGACAAAAAAGGCAAGGUGAAAGGAUUUGAUCUCGAACGUGAAAAACCUGCCAUACUGCAGUCGAUAGCUGCUUCGUCGGUCGCCUCCACCGGCCUGACGAACGCUUUGCGGCUGGUCAACCGGGAAUCGGAACGAGUCUCCGACAACCCCGAAGUUAUGAAAAGGUUUGAGACCUGCAAGCAAUUGCGGCGACAAAUCCUACGCUAUAUCCAAUUUGUGGAGUCAGAAGAGUUUCUUGGUGGGCUGAUCCAUGCCAAUGAAGAGCUGGUUAAUGCUCUAAUGGCUUUUGAGGUUCUGGACAAAUCCGUGGACGACGACUCAGACAGCGAGCUAGAAGAAGCUCAGCAUCUCAGCAGAAUAGCAGCCAAAAGCGAACAGUCUGCAGCCCGUGAUGCGGAGAGAAUGGUUGCUGGGUUGAGCAUCUCAAGCCCACCGAAGCCUCCCCGACCAGCCCCCGGGCAUAUUUCCAUGCCUCCACCACGGCCGACUUCUGACUGGAAGGCGAAGCAGGCUGAGAGCGAUAGUGAAAGCGACAGUGAUGUGGACGAUGAUGAUCCGGAUGACCCUUUCGCCGAUACAAACGCCAUGAAAACACCUGACCCUGAAACAUUGGGCAGAAAAGGCUACACAUGGCGAGAGGUAUAA